AUGCCCCGUAUCAUUUCUGCCUCUGUAGACGACAAUCUUUACUCUGCAGACCUUCUCUGCGCUUCAGAAGUUCGUUUCACUCGACUGUCCCAUGCUGCGUCAGCCUUUGAGCUUCGGGGCUCUCGGCAACCCAAAUAUGCUACUGCCAGACCUCGCAAGUGCAAGGGCCGACGUUCUCUUCGUGGUUUUGCUUCCCUUGCCUUGAGUGAAACGAGCAAUAAGACUUGCAAGUCCAGCUCGGAGUCUGAUCGUAGCGGAUCAACCGACAAUUCUCCUUCGUUAUACGCUUCUGAGUACUACGGGAGCUGCGUUCCAAAUCCAGCUGACGGCUUGAGCGAUGGUGGAGGCUCGUAUCCGUCACCAUCCGCUUCGGAAGAUGAUUUUCCUGGCACUCCAUCAAUAGAAAGCCGCACCAGCGAAGACGUUGAUCCUUCUCCUUUCCCUCUGACUCCAGUACCAUUGUUAACAUCUAGUCCGACCUUGGCCACUUACGAUGAGGGCCCUCGAACACCAAGAGGACGAGGCAUCAGUGCUACAGCAGGAUACCGGACUCCAUCGAUAUCACCUGAUCGGUACAUCUCAAAUCGAAACACUCCGCAGGAUGCCUCAAAAACUUUCCGCCUAAGCAAGCUCCCCCACCAGCUUUCGAACCUGGAGAAGCUUUUGCGGCACCCGUCAGCUACGCCAGACCCAUUCAGUCCAUUGAGUGUCAGACGUGUACGGGAGGCAAGAAUCAACGCCUCUGCCAAUGUGGACCCACGUGUCGUCCAAUCUCGCCCCCGCACGAUCGGAACCACGAACGUGCAACAUCCUCCUCAGGACCCCCUCGCAAUUCAGAACAGGCAAGCCAGUGCAGGCGCAGUAUGGAACAUUGGCGGAGGCUCUGAAGGCACUCCGUUAGGCCCUGUUCGAGGCAUCUCCGACGGACGAGGCCGCUUUAUCAGCAGUGGAUCGAACGCACCGAUGUUCACCUCUCAUUUUUUUGAUGAUGAUACUCUGGAUCAAGACAACAGCCAGCUGGAAAGCCGACUGGCUGUCGCCUUGGGCAUUGAUCAGACAUGCAGAAUACUGGAUAUCUCUAGGUCUCCCGUGCAAGCCAGGAGUAUCAGCACCGGCUCGAUUGGAACAAAGCGGAAGUAUCCUUAUCUCGAACCUCGGACUCGAUGGAUGAAUGAUCAGUGGAUCCAAGAAGGCUCGCAGUCGCUACUGGAUGCUCCCAAUUUGCGAGAUGAUUAUUACUGCACUGUUCUCGCUUACUGCCACACUGCUCGUACUCUCGCCGUCGGUCUCGGUAACAGAGUCUAUCUUUGGUCGGAAACGUUUGGGGUUCGGUACCCACCAGAGGAUCCGGAUACUCGCGAGUCAACUUAUGUCACGUCGCUGGCCUUCUCUUCCACCGAAGGCGGCCACAGUAUCCUAGCCAUCGGGCGUAAUACUGGCCAUAUCAGUUUGUGGAGUCUCGCCGAUCCCGAGAAUAUCAGAUUUCAGUCUCGGCAGCCAUGUGCUAUUGCGUGUGUAUCUUUCAAGCCCGUCACCACUCGCAGGCCAUCAGAGCGCUUUGGUUGUAUGAUGGCCACUGAAGAGCUUCUUGUGGGCGACGAAGUCGGCAAUGUUUACUACUACUCUGUCGAGUGGAUGAGCAAGCAGCAGGUCGACAUACAUGGAUGGACUGGAGCUAUGACCCUGAUGGCGAAAAUAUCGGUUCACAGUCAACAGCUAUGUGGCCUUGCUUGGUCACCUGAUGGAGACUAUUUUGCUACAGGCGCGAAUGACAACGUCUGCUGCUUAUUCGAGGUCAAAGACGUUCUGGCACCUCCUGAGCCCCCGCAAGACUCUUCGAAUUACUUCAGAAGUCCGCUCCAAACCAUUAUCGGUGGCUUCGGGUUUCCAAAUUUUGUCGCAAGAACGCAGACUCCCUCGGAGGUCAUGGGCGUCUUAGCCAACGGCGUACACGUCCAACGCACCAGGAUUAUUCCUGGUCAGAAUGGCUCGCUCCUCAUCGGUGAGGGACGCCAAAAGCACAGAUGGGUCCACAGCGCUGCUAUUAAAGCUAUCGCUUUCUGUCCGUGGCAGCGUGGAUUGAUUGCCACGGGCGGUGGCUCCAACGACCGAGCAAUCCAUUUCUACCAUACUUUUUCAGGAGCCUGCCUUGCUACCAUAAACUGCUAUGCCCAGAUUACAUCGCUGAUCUGGUCAACAACACGCCGAGAGAUUGCAGCUACAUUUGGCUACGCGCAACCCGAUCAUCCCUACCGCGUUGCUGUCUUCUCAUGGCCCGAGUGCCAGCAAGUCAUCGCCAUACCUUGGGCGAGCGACAUGCGUGCUCUCUACGCCAUUCCUUACCCUGGUGGGCCCGGCGAGACAAAUUGUGACACAAGUAUGGGCGAAGCAUGGUACUCGAGAACAAGAGAUGAAGGGUGCAUUUUGGUAGCGUGCUCUGAUGAGUCGGUGAAGUUUCAUGAGGUGUGGAGUGGGCCAAGAAAGUCUACGGGUGUGCAUAUGGGAUUGUUGGGCGGAAGUGAUAUCCUGGAGGGAUUGGAGGGGAUUGAGAAGGAGGGGAAUGAAGUCAUUCGUUGA